AUGAUUCUAAAACAAUUAGAAAUGAACGGCAUUAACAUUCAAUACUGUUGUGGACAGGCAUUUGACAACGCGGCAGUAAUAGCAAGCCAUCGAGCCGGUAUUCAAGCGCGCAUCACAGAAGUUAAUCCAGAGAUUGUAUUUGUGCCAUGCACAAAUCACUCUCUGAAUUUAGCAGCUGCGCAUGCAUCUUCAGUGGGUGCAGAUUCAGUUACAUAUUUUGGCACAUUGGACCGUUUAUGUUCAUUCUUCUCAGCCUCAACCCAUCCAUCGGUGGAUAUCUUGAUUGAGAUAUCUGGUGCAAUUAUCAAACGGGCUGGGGAAACAAGGUGGUGUAGUCGAGAAGAUGCGGUGAAAGUUGUAUAUACAAAAUUCACGGAAAUCAUCGCAGCGCUAGAACAGUUGAUGGAAGAUGCAGAAAAUGCAACUUCGAGAUCUAUUGCAGAUUUAAUUCUUCAGGCGAUGCUGUCAUUUUCUUUCAUGUCAUCUUAUGGCCUUUGGAGAGAUAUACUUCCUGAAAAUAAAGUACCUCCAAACGAAAGGUUUGGAGUUGCUACAGUGUGCCAAUCAACUAUCAACCUUGAAAACUUCUCUACUUUCUGGUUGAAAGGGCAAGACUGA